UCUACUUCCAUGCCGAAUUUGGAAUACUUGCAUUUCCACCAGCUGGUGCAUGACACAGGUACUGCUUAUUUCAAUGCACCUAGCGUGCGCCGAUUUCCUCCUGUCAGGAAUGGGAACAACAGAAGAAACCGGGGACCUAUUGCCAUUACACGAAUGGGUGCCGACGCAAGGAAACUGGUGGAAAUCAUUGAUCGGUAUCAUAGGGCCGACACCUCAGCCGAGCGGAUGUAGUAAGUUAGGCGUCUAUCUCCUGAUCAGAGACAGAAUCAAGGGAUAUUAUUGGGAAACAGUUCACGAUCCACGCGGUUUGCUUCGCCUUCGUCCGGUCUGGCUAGGUAAACACAGAAGUGGAUGUAGUCUACUGAAUUGCCGAUGAGGCUUCCUGCCAUGUCUUCGGCUGAUGCUUGGAGGACCGGUCGUCCGUGUGUGACUCGUACAUCAUUGGUGCCUGGCUUGCUGCGGGUGGUAUGUAGAUCUUCGUGUACGAGGGGAGGAGUCUUUUAAAAGGUGUGGCACGAUGGUGUUACCGGUGACGCCUGUCAACCCCAGGAGUAUGGAGUCAUUACCAGGAUUCGAUUGUAGUCAAGCAUGACAAAGGCGGAAAGAAGAGGUUUUCUCGAAGUAUGGUCUGCCUACCAGUAGCACCUGUGACUAUUGCGCAAUGGGUGCGCCCACUUUCAGUCCCGUAAAUGGUUAUGUCUAGACCACCAUGAAUCGUUUUUAUGCAGAAGGCAAUCUCAUAUCGCCAACGGAUUUAACGGUCCGGGUCUCUAGAUCUGAUGUCGACCCAUACACCGAUCUCGAGUUCGAGCUACACUAUCU